CUAGGAGUGUGUGUGUGUGUACUGCACGCGCAGCAGUGAACUAGGAGUGUGUGUGUGUGUCCUGCACGCGCAGCAGUGAACUAGGAGUGUGUGUGUGUGUACUGCACGCGCAGCAGUGAACUAGGAGUGUGUGUCCUGCACGCGCAGCAGUGAACUAGGAGUGUGUGUGUGUGUCCUGCACGCGCAGCAGUGAACUAGGAGUGUGUGUGUGUGUACUGCACGCGCAGCAGUGAACUAGGAGUGUGUGUGUGUGUACUGCACGCGCAGCAGUGAACUAGGAGUGUGUGUGUGUCCUGCACGCGCAGCAGUGAACUAGGAAGAGUGUGAGUGUGUGACCUGCAAGCGCCGCAGUGUAUUAGGUGUGUGAAUGUGUGGUUGAGUGUGUCUGUGUGGUUGAGUGUGUCUGUGUCCUGCACGCGCAGCAGUGAACUAGGAGGAGUGUGUGUGUGUGUGUGUGAGUGAGUGAGAGUGAGAGAGAGAGAGAGAGAGAGAGAGAGUGCGUCCUGCACGCGCCGCAGUGAAUUAGCCUUGACCCCUCAGUGGUGUUUUAGGACAGCAGAAUGAUUCAAAGCGCUUUUUCUCAGUGGUGUAAAGACGUCACAAGUCACUUUUACUCUGAGAUAAAAACCGUUGGCAUCUCAACAGCUGUGGGCUUCACGUCUGCAUCAUUUCUGGUUCUUUCCUACUUGAUCGGGUGCAGCAGGUCUCAGUUCAGAGAUGCUGCAGUCUGGGUGUUGUACUCUCUGAUCGGUGACCUGUGUCACCUUACUGGAGCUUUUCUCUCUAAUCAGACGUCUAUUCAGUGUAUUAUGGCUACGAUCAUGACCAGCUUGGAUGUUGUGCAUUUCAUCUCAGCUGCUUUGCCUCUGUGUUGGUGGUAUUAUUCCUCCACUGGAAGGAGGAUGAGAAUGUUACGCAGAAGAAGGAGGCAGAACGCUUUUGUGGUCUGUCUGCUGUUUGGAAUGGGAGGAUACGUGUAUGCUGAUAUACGUGUACGUCACGUGCCUGCCGUCGCCUUUGGCUCUCCGACACACCGGAAGCUGCUGAACGUUGUCGUACGUGAUCAGACUGAACUGCUUGGUUAUGUGCUCGGUCUUCUGUCCUUCGCUAUUAGCUGGACCUCCAGGAUCCCCUUAUUUCUGAAAGCUAACAGAGGAGAGAUGAGUAAUUUGACGCAUGUUUCCUCGAGAGCUUUCAGUGCUGCGGCUGGAGCUCUCUACGCCUCUGCUAUAAUGUUCUAUGAGCCGCGGCUGGAGUGUGUCCUCGAAGCGCUGCCGUGGAUCCUCUCAGGAGCGAGCUGGGCGAUACUGGAUUUCUCUAUUUUGCUUCUCUCCUGCUACAGGAUUCGCUACAGGCGGCGUUCGGUCGGGACGCAGGAUUCAAACAGUGAGUCGCUUUUGGGUGGAUUCCACAGGGUUUCAUCUGUUCUGUCUCACAAAGAGAAAGAUUCCAGAAAGCAUAUUUCAUUAUGGAAGAGCAGCACAUCAAAAAUGCCUGAGAGAAAGCUUUGUAGAAAUGUUCAACCUAUUCGAAAGGUGUGUUUGAAGAAGGUCACGAUCACUCGGUCCGACUCAGCAGAGAACCAUCCUAUAAAGGGAACUGUGAAGGUGGUCAGGGUGGAUGAGCGGUACUCUUCAGGCAGUACUACAGAUUCGUCCUGCCUCAGCUCUGAGCUAGAGUGGGACUUUGAGGAGACCCCUCCACAGUGGAGUUCACAGAAUGAAGACAAGCCCCAGAUGGAUGCGUUCCCUCUGCAGGAGUGGAUGGUCGACCCGAGGACAACGUCGAACACGAGUUCAAGCUCGACCUCCUGUUUCUGUAACAGUGCUGAUCUGGAAGAGAGGAUUGUUUCUGGAUCAUCUGACACUAACUUUCAGAGCCUUUCUGAUCCUGUGAAAUGAUUCUAAACACACAGCAGAUGCUCCACUGCUUUAACAAUGUGAUUUUUCACUUCGUUAAUAUUUAAUGAGUUAUCAAAUAUAAUAAAGCAGAGUAAACAGAAACCUGCUGAUUUAAUAUUGUGUUUUUUUUUCUUUUUUAGAUUCCUCUGUAGUGAUAUAAGAUUGCCAUGUGUCCAUGUAGAACUUCAUGGUUUUGUUUGUCAGAUAGGAUAAAGAGCCAAAAUAUCUGUUGGCAUGCAUGUUCUUUUUUCAGGGAACUAUUUUGUUGCUCUGUUCUUCACACAUGCCAUCCUCCUACAUGCCAUAGCACUGACUAAUAAGAUCCUACUAAAAAGCUGAAACAUAAGAAGACAAAGCCAAAACAGAUAAACGCAGGGAGGUGCCUAAUAAACUAUCCUAAUAAAAAAAACAUUGCUA